AUGGGAGCAGAGAGCAGUGCCCCGGCGUACGGACGAUGUGCUGACGGCUGGCGAGAAUGGGGCGACUCGUGCUACAACCGUUUGGGGAUGAAAUACAAUUGGAACAAUGCCAAAGAGAUUUGUCGGGGUUAUGGCGGGAACGUUCCCUCUAUCAACUCCAAACCGGAACAUGAUUUCCUCUGGGCCCACUACCAGGGUUCGUUCCCAGAUAAUGAUAACCCGGAUCAUGGUUUCUGGAUUGACUGCAACGACAAGGUGGUGGAAGGGAAGUGGGUUUGCACCGGGGAUGGUGAUUCGCCGUACCGCCCUGGCUGGUUUGAUGGACAUCGUCAUGAAGAUGAUGAUUGCGCCGUGUGCCUCCACUUCAACUUUAACGAUUUGAAUUGCAAUGAACUCAGGUAUGUCAUAUGUGAGCGUCCGGUCCACCCCCUUUGCUCCAACUCGGCCAACAGCUGCUACUCUGUAAUGCAUGGGAGUUGCCUCGUGAACCACACCCUUGACGUCAUGAUCGUAGAGCGACCGUUGCAUUGCUGCAUGGCGUGUAACGAAACACCUGGAUGCCGUUCGUUUAACGUGGCUGGUGGAGACUUAUGUGAACUUAAUAAUGCAACCCGGUUUGAUGCAGGUGUGAAGGGAUACUACAAAGAAAAUGAAGAUUGUAUAUAUUACGAAUUGUAA